CUCUAGAGAGGAAUAGUAAGAGAAAUGAGUAAGAGUUACAGACAGCAGAUUUCAGUAAUGACUGGUUGGAUGAAACAGAGUGAUGACUGAUGACACAGAAUGGGUGAUUGUAGAGCAUAUUUGUUUCAAACAAAUCUGAUGUAGUCCCACAUGUAUAGGUAUCUUAACGGGACAAAGUGAUAAGGAUUGUCAGUGGGGAAGUAUGGUGUAGUGAAUAAGAGUAUCAGAGAGAUGACAGGAUCAGAGACAAACUAAUGCCAUACCUACUUACAAAGGUUGCUUGGCACAAUAAAUAGACAAGAAGAUGAAUGGAGAGAAAAUAAGUGAUAAAAGAUGAGUAAGAACAAGCUGAGAGAUAGAGAGAGAUGAAAGGAAAUCCAAAAAGUGAACGGCAGUAGAUGGAGACUUCACUUUAUCCCAUGUCUUCCUAUGUCUGUUUCCCUGUUUCACGGUUUCCAUCUAUUGGUUUUCUUAUUGUGAAUGACCUUUUCACACCUGAAGAACUUCAACCAUGUUGUAAUGACAUUGAAAUCCUAGUUGACAAUCUGGCACAGAAACUGUAUAAAGCAGGAAAAAUCAGUGACCUUCAUGAAGACUGUGGAUUAUUUCAAAGAUUGACAGAGAUAGACAAGGAAUUUUCAGGAGCAUCUAUUCUCAUCUUCAAAUCUCAAAAGUUGACCAAGAGUUUUCAAAACCUUUGGUCCAAUGAAAGAUUACUGAAUAUUGCUGAACAGAUUUUGGGACCAGAAAUUUCUGGUCAUCCAGUUUGGAACCUUCGUCCUAAAAUUCCAAAUUCUAAAAUUGUACAAGUUCCAUGGCACCAAGAUAGUGCCUAUUUUGAUCCUGAUUCUUAUGAUCAUAUGAUACUGACUGCAUGGAUCCCAUUCUUGAAUACCAAUGCUAGAAAUGGAGGCAUGCAAAUGGCUCGCUAUGGUCAUCACACUGGAAAGAUUGCUCACCAUACUUGCAGCCCUGGAGAUACAUGGUAUGUUGAUCUGGCUGAAGAAGAAAUGCAAAAAACAUUAGGUGUUGAUUUAGAGAGAGAUAUUAUAACUUGCCAUGUUCCUUAUGGUGGAAUGCUCCUAUUUCAAAAUAUCACACCACAUCGAAGUUUGUUAAAUAUUUCAAAUGAUGUGCGUUGGAGUGUUGAUUUACGGUGGCAAUCUCCAAAGGAAAAAUGGGGAUUUUAUAAUCUCCAAGAAGGAAUACUAAUGAGAUCAGAAAAACAGCCAAAUUUAGAGCCAGACUGGGAAAAGUUUCUUUCAACUGACCGUAAAACUGAGUGGCAAAAACGUUAUUCUAAGAAGGAUGAGAACAUUGAUGAUGAAUUUAACACCUGUGUAUCAGGCCCAUGGUUUAAUCGAUGGGAGAUAGUUCACCACAACAGACACAUCGAGAGUUUCCGGUUUGAUAAUGAAGAAGCUAACAUUUGAAACCAUCAAUGCAUUUAAAAAUCAAGUAGUUAAUGUAUUCUCUCUAUCACUAGACCAAGUUGCUGACAACAUUACAAACAGUUUAAGAUAAAAUGGUGCAUCUGAAUUAUUGUUAAUGUUGUGCUUAAUUGAAAUAAAACCAGUUUAAUGUUUUUAAACGAUAUUAAGAAA